AUGGCAGAGAAUAAGGAACUGUUCUGUUGCUCUAUCUGUCUGGGUCAACUGAAGGAUCCGGUGACUACUGCCUGUGGACACAGUUACUGUAUGGGCUGUAUUAAAGAAUGCUGGGAUCAGGAUGAUCUGAAAGGUUUCUACAGCUGUCCACAGUGCAGACAGACCUUUAUCCCAAGGCCUGUUCUGAACAGGAGCACUGUGCUGGCUGAAGUGGUGGAGAAAAUCCGCUAUGCUGGACCGGGAGAUGUGGCGUGUGAUGUCUGCACUGGGACCAGGAAGCAGAAAGCCCUCAUGUCCUGUCUGGCGUGUCUGCCCUCUUACUGUGAGACUCACCUCCAAUCUCACUAUGAAUCUCCUGCUUUCAAGAAGCACAAGCUGGUCAAAGCCACCGCACAACUACAGGAGAAGAUCUGCUCUCAUCAUGACAAACUGCUGGAGGUUUACUGUCGUACCGAUCAGCAGUGUAUCUGUUAUCUGUGUACAAUGGAUGAACAUAAAGGCCAUGAUACAGUGUCAGCUGCAGCAGAGAGGACUGAGAAACAGAGGCAGCUGGGGAUGAGUCAGCAGAAGGUCCAGCAGAGAUUCCAGGAGAGAGAGAAGGAGCUGAAGGAGCUCCAACAGGCUGUGGAGUCUUUCAAGCGCUCUGCACAGGCAGCAGUGGAGGACAGUGAUCAGAUCUUUACUGAGCUGAUCCGCUCCAUUGAGAGAAGGAGCUCUGAGGUGAAGGAGCUGAUCAGAGCCCAAGAGAAGGCUCAAGUGAAUCAAGCUGAAAGACUCCUGGAGCAACUGAAGCAGGAGAUAGCUGAGCUGAGGAAGAGAAGCACUGAGCUGGAGCAGCUCUCACACACAGAGGAUCACAUCCAUUUCCUCCAGAGUUAUCAGUCUCUCUCCAGUAUCAGUGUAUCUUCAGACUUACCCAGCAUCAUUGUCCGUCCUCUUCAGUACUUUGGAGAUGUGAGUAAGACUGUGUCUGAACUGAGAGAGAAACUAGAAGACUUCCUUAAAGGAGAAUGGACCAAGAUCUCCACUACAGUGAAUAUAGUGGAUGUUGUACUGCCUCCAGAGCCCAAGACCAGAGAACAGUUGUUACAAUAUUCCUGUCAGCUCACACUGGACCCAAACACAGCAAACACACACCUCUCUCUGUCUGAAGGGAACAGAAAGGUGACCUAUACAGACCAAGUCCAACCAUAUCCUGACCAUCCAGACAGAUUCAUCAACUGGUACCAGGUUCUGUGUAGAGAGGGUCUGUCUGGACGCUGUUACUGGGAGGUGGAGUGGACUGGUAAUGUUGUUACAUCAGUCUCAUAUAAAGACAUCAGCAGAACAGAGAGAGAUAGUAUAUUUGGAUUCAAUAACAAGUCCUGGAGUUUACGUUACUAUAGAGGUGGUUAUUGUUUCAGACACAAUAAUGUUGAGACAAAAGUAUCAGGCCCUCAGUCCUCCAGGGUAGGAGUGUACCUGGAUCACAAGGCAGGUACUCUGUCCUUCUACAGUGUCUCUGACACAAUGACCCUCCUCCACAGAGUCCAGACCACAUUCACUCAGCCCCUCUAUCCUGGGUUUAAUCUCUCUGGUUCUGCUGAGCUGGUUAAACUGUAGUAGGGUCCACAUAGAUACUAGUCAUGCUGGUGUAGUCUAUAGCUGAGCUGGUUAAACUGUAGUAGGGUCCACAUAGAUACUAGUCAUGCUGGUGUAGUCUAUAGCUGAGCUGGUUAAACUGUAGUAGGGUCCACAUAGAUACUAGUCAUGCUGGUGUAGUCUAUAGCUGAGCUGGUUAAACUGUAGUAGGGUCCACAUAGAUACUAGUCAUGCUGGUGUAGUCUAUAGCUGAGCUGGUUAAACUGUAGUAGGGUCCACAUAGAUACUAGUCAUGCUGGUGUAGUCUAUAGCUGAGCUGGUUAAACUGUAGUAGGGUCCACAUAGAUACUAGUCAUGCUGGUGUAGUCUAUAGCUGAGCUGGUUAAACUGUAGUAGGGUCCACAUAGAUACUAGUCAUGCUGGUGUAGUCUAUAGCUGAGCUGGUUAAACUGUAGUAGGGUCCACAUAGAUACUAGUCAUGCUGGUGUAGUCUAUAGCUGAGCUGGUUAAACUGUAGUAGGGUCCACAUAGAUACUAGUCAUGCUGGUGUAGUCUAUAGCUGAGCUGGUUAAACUGUAGUAGGGUCCACAUAGAUACUAGUCAUGCUGGUGUAGUCUAUAGCUGAGCUGGUUAAACUGUAGUAGUGUCCACAUAGAUACUAGUCAUGCUGGUGUAGUCUAUAGCUGAGCUGGUUAAACUGUAGUAGGGUCCACAUAGAUAUUAGUCAUGCUGGUGUAGUCUAUAGCUGAGCUGGUUAAACUGUAGUAGGGUCCACAUAGAUACUAGUCAUGCUGGUGUAGUCUAUAGCUGAGCUGGUUAAACUGUAGUAGGGUCCACAUAGAUACUAGUCAUGCUGGUGUAGUCUAUAGCUGAGCUGGUUAAACUGUAGUAGGGUCCACAUAGAUACUAGUCAUGCUGGUGUAGUCUAUAGCUGAGCUGGUUAAACUGUAGUAGGGUCCACAUAGAGACUAGUCAUGCUGGUGUAGUCUAUAGCUGAGCUGGUUAAACUGUAGUAGGGUCCACAUAGAUACUAGUCAUGCUGGUGUAGUCUAUAGCUGAGCUGGUUAAACUGUAGUAGGGUCCACAUAGAUACUAGUCAUACUGGUGUAGUCUAUAGCUGAGCUGGUUAAACUGUAGUAGGGUCCACAUAGAUACUAGUCAUGCUGGUGUAGUCUAUAGCUGAGCUGGUUAAACUGUAGUAGGGUCCACAUAGAUACUAGUCAUGCUGGUGUAGUCUAUAGCUGAGCUGGUUAAACUGUAGUAGGGUCCACAUAGAUACUAGUCAUGCUGGUGGUGAUGGUCCCCAGAUGUGAUGAUUCAUUCUGCUCUGUUUUAUCUACAAUGAUUUAACUGAUUUGAUCUUCAGAAGAUGUUAUGAAUUAAAAUUCAAUGUUUUCAUAUUUUAGUAAUUGCAAUGUUUUAAUCUUGUACAUUUCCAUGAAUCAUGAUGUCUGGUGUUGAUGUAUAUUGGUUGUCAUUCAGAACCAUUGAUAUGUUUCCUCAGUUGGUUCUCUGUCUCUAUGUAAUUCUCCUCAGUAUCAUUGAUCAGCUUGUUGGUCCUAAUUGAUGUGUUCUCUGUCACCUGGAGCUGCAUGGAAAAUGGUCCAGGAACUAAAGGACAAUUCAGGACUAGUCAGCCCACUACAAGCUGGUAUCACUUACUUUCUACUAAACUAUAUGGACUGGUUUCCCAGACACAGAUUAAUCCUGGUCCUGGACUAAAAAGUAUGUUCAAUGUAGAUGUCCAGGAAACCGGCCCUAAAUGUGUCAUCUUUCAUCCUCCCAUACUGCUCAGUCCAGCAACAUUAAACCUGUCCAGCAGGUGGUGCUAUUGACCAAACAAUAAAACCAGCAGAUAUCUUGACUUGCCACUCAGUAUAUCAGUAAUGUUCAGAAUAGUACUUUAAUAUCAUUGGAGAUUGAUGGUCUUUUUAAUCCACUAUCCAGAGUCAGGAACAGAUGAAGUUAGGUCUGCUACUGUUCAGUGAUUAAAUAUGAUUUAUGGUGAUGGGAAAUAAUAAAAAACACUAAACUUCA